CAAACCAGCAGCAAUUGAAUCAACAGCGUAUGCACCCGAAGGCAGUCAUGUGGAGAAUAAACUUUUCUGAAGUCUUUCUUGAACUUUUUGCGUUAAUCUUUUAAGUGACAAAAACAACUCAAUUAACGCUGGAAUUGGAAGUGUGCUUCAUAGGUGACAAAACAAUUGUCACUGUAAGAUGAAUUUCUCUGAGGUCUUCAAGCAGUCCAAUCAGCUUUGUAAAGUUUCCCCAGAUGGAAAGUAUUUGGCUACAUGUGUGCAGUACAGGUUAGUGGUGCGAGAUGUGAGCACCUUGCAGAUUAUGCACCUGUAUACCUGCCUUGACCAAAUAUCCCAUAUGGAGUGGUCCUCUGAUUCUCUCUUUAUUCUGUGUGCUAUGUACAAGAGAGGACUAGUACAGGUGUGGUCUCUUGAACAGCCGGACUGGCACUGCAAGAUUGAUGAGGGUUCAAUAGGACUAGUCUCCUCGCGCUGGAGUCCAGAUGGACGUCACAUUCUCAACACCACCGAGUUCCAUUUGAGAAUCACCGUCUGGUCACUGUGCACUAAAGCUGUAUCUUACAUCAAGUAUCCCAAAGCAUGUCAGAAAGGUAUAGAUUUCAGCAGAGAUGGGUCCUAUAUGGCCUUGGCUGAACGUCGUGACUGCAAAGACUUUGUUAGUAUAUUCGUGUGUGACGACUGGCAUUUACUCAGGCAUUUUGAGACUGAGACACAGGACCUGGCAGGAUUGGAGUGGUCUCCAAAUGGCUGUGUGCUGGCAGUAUGGGACAGUUGUCUAGAGUAUAAAGUGUUGCUCUACUCUUUGGAUGGCCGGUUGCUGUCAACCUACAGUGCCUAUGAAUGGUCGCUGGGUGUCAAGUCUGUGUCCUGGAGCCCCAGUAGCCAGUUCCUUGCAAUUGGCAGCUAUGAUGAAAAAGUGCGCAUCAUCAAUCAUAUCACAUGGAAAAAAAUCGCACAGUUUGAGCACCCUGCAACAGUGGAAAGCACAAAAGCUACUGUGUAUAAAGAAGUGGAGAGAAGGCCAGCUGUUGGCACUGACGAAAUGUCUCUGCACAACAUCACUACUGGCAGCACACUCUUCAACACCCAGAGUAAAUAUGAGAUAUGCUCACUGCCAGUCCAAAUUCCUGUGGUCAAACCAGACCCAGACCGAGCCAACCCCAAGAUUGGGGUCUCUGUUUUGGCAUUCAGCUCAAACAAUCACUAUCUAGCCACCAAAAAUGACAAUAUGGCGAGUGCUGUUUGGGUGUGGAACAUGCAGAAGAUGAGCCUGGAGGCUGUGCUGGAGCAGACAUCAGCAGUACGAUGUUUUCAGUGGGACCCACGCCAUCCCCGGUUGGCACUAUGUACUGGCAACACCAAGCUCUAUCUCUGGUCUCCAGGAGGCUGUGUUGCUGUUCAGGUCCCAACUGAAGGUGGUUUUCAAGUUCAUUCUCUGAACUGGCAUUGCAGUGGCAACUCCUUGAUACUGCUUGGAAAGGAGCAGCUGUGUUUGUGCUACAUGGAAACUGAUGAAGAAGACAAGUAAAGCACACAAAAAGAAGGAUAACUGGGUCAUAGUUCAGUCUUAUUUAGCUGUACACACAAGCUGAGUCAAUGACCACUGAGAACACUCCUGAACAUGUUAGCUUGCAUAUGCUGGACUGUAGCUGCUCUUAAAAGUGUGGGCUACUGGAACAUGGAAAGUGAUUCCUACUGAUAAAUAUGUACUCAGCACUAGUUGCAAACACUGUGAGAAUGUGAAAGUUUACAAUUUUCUAUAGAUUUCACUUAGUGCUAGAAUUUCCUGUUUCACCUU